CGAAAGCAUCCCAGAGACACGUUAUCAUUCAUACACUUCUGUUUAACUGCAUAACGUUACACUUUCAUUUCAGCAGCGAUGUUUACCAUAUUUGCAAAGAUAAAAGACCGCGUCGAGGCUUUUUUGAACGAGAAGAAUAUAGUCACUGACUGUCUCAAUAAAAUCGAAGAAAAAACAGGCAUCAAGAAACGUUAUUUAGCGCUCGGUGCUGCUGGUGUGACUGGAGCGUAUUUAUUAUUUGGAUAUGGUGCUUCUCUGCUCUGUAAUCUGAUUGGUUUUGUUUAUCCCGCAUAUUACUCUAUCAAAGCCAUAGAAAGUCCUGAUAAGGAGGAUGACACACAAUGGCUGACAUACUGGGUAAUCUACGGCUUCUUCAGCGUGGGUGAAUUCUUCUCUGACAUUUUUCUUCACUGGUUUCCUUUCUACUAUGUGUGUAAGUGCUUGUUCCUGUUGUGGUGCAUGGCUCCGGUCUCCUGGAAUGGUUCUCAGAUACUGUACAGGCAUAUGGUGCGGCCAUUUUUCCUGAAGCAUGAAGCCAGAGUAGAUGAGAUGGUCAACAAUAUAGGAGGGAAGGCCAUGUCAGCAGCUGAGAACGCCACGAGAGAGGUUCUUCAGACUCUGGUGAGAAACCGAACUAUUGGCCCAGCUGAGCCUGGAGCCAGAAGACUGCCCAGUUCUGCUCCUGCUGAACCCACUGUUGAUUAAACGAAAUACAGGUGGCCAAAGUGAUCUGAGGAUGACACCAACAUGCAAGAGAUGCAGCAUCGGAAAUUGAAGACAUAAAUUCUGACAGCUGUAUCAUAUGGUCUGAUUGUAAAGACCUCACUGAGUGAAUCAAUGCCUGAUUUUCACACAGCCAAUGUCAGGAGUGGAGUUUUGGACUUUAUAGUUUAAUAACCUGGUGUAUUUAUUUAUUAUUCUUCAUAUAAAUUUGUUGAGAUUGUUCAGCACUAAAACAUAGAAAAACCGAAAUGUACUGUAGGAAAUUCAAUUGACAUUCAACAUUGUACUGUUAUUUAUUUAUAGGUAGUAAUUUGUAUUCAUGGCAUCUGUCAGGGAUUUUGUAAUCUUAUUAUUAUGAUAAAAAUGUAAAUCUUCAAUAAAUUUUUGUAUUCAACAUUUGAAAAGA